AUGCUUGACUUUAUAAAGAAUGGAUUUUAUAACUCUAUUCAAACCGAAUCAGACCAGUUAAGACCUCAUGUCUAUGUAAAUGUAUACGACAUGCUUCAACCUAACUAUAUUACAAAUAUUGGUUAUUAUGCUUUUGGGCUAGGCAUCUUUCAUUCAGGAGUAGAAAUUAACGGAAAGGAGUAUUGCUUUGGAGGGCACGCUAUGAGCAAUGUCACUGGAGUCUUUGUUGUUGAACCCAAGAUUGGCAUACCCGAACUUAUCUUAAAGCGUACCAUCGAUAUGGGGCCCAUGCGACUAACAGACAAGGAGUUUGAGGAGGCGCUAACAGCCAUUUCUGACGAGUUUACAGGUCCAUCCUACAACCUCUUGAUGAGGAAUUGUAAUCAUUUUACCGAAGAAUUUGUCUAUAGACUCACACAGAAAAGGACACCAGCAUGGAUUAACCGAGCAGCUAAAUUGGGCACCAUGUUCCCGUGUGUUGUACCAUGGGAAUGGAUACAACCACCAGAACUUGGAGAAGAAGAAGAAGAAGAGGAAGAGAUAGAACCAGAAACUCCACAAUCCAUGCCGAACUCAACACGGCCGUCGACCACUAUCCAACGACGAUCAUCGACAGUGUCCUUACUUUCAAAUCGACAUCCGCCUUACUCUUACACAGAAGGAAGAAAUCCUAGUCAGGAACGACUGGUGCCUCCUGUGGUCAACUUUCAGGGCAUCAUGCUGCCUGCAUCGAGUGAAACGGCCAACAGAGAAUAA